UUAUGGCCGAGUUGGCGGGUUUGGUGGCUCGUUUGGAGGUAGCAGUGGGGAGGCUGGAGGGCAUGUCUCUGUCUGGAGGAGGAGGAGGAGGGGCUGCUUCUCCUUCUGGAGGACCUGUGGCCAAGUUUGUGGAGGAGUAUGACGACAUCGUGAGCGGAGCUGUGGCUCAGUAUCUGUCUCUCAGUCAGAAGAUCGGAGGAGACGUCCAGAAACAUGCGGACAUGAUGAAGCAGGGCUUUGCUGCUGUCAGACAGAUCCUUGUGCUCGCCUCCUCACAUCAGAAACCCUCAGACUCGGCCAUGGGCACCCUCCUGCAGCCUGUGUCCAAAGUGGUGAGUCAGGUCCAAAACUUCCGUGAAUCGAAUCGGACGUCUGCGCUCUUCAACCACCUGUCUGCGGUCAGCGAGAGCGUGGGCGCCCUCGGGUGGAUCACUGUGGCUCCAAAACCAGGCCCCUAUGUGAAGGAGAUGAACGAUGCUGCCAUGUUCUACACCAACCGUGUGCUCAAAGACUACAAGGAGAAGGAUAAGACACACACAGAGUGGGUGAAGGCCUACCUCUCCAUUUGGACAGAGAUGCAGAAUUACAUCAAAAAGAACCACACGACCGGUGUUGCCUGGAGCAAGACCGGUCCUGUGGCCUCUGCCUCUGCUGCUGCAGCUCCUCCUCCUCCUCCCUCCGGGGGCUGCCCUCCUCCCCCUCCACCUGGCCCCCCUCCCCCUGCUAUGGACCUGAGCGGAGGAGGAGACUCUGGAGGAGACAACCGCAACGCACUGUUCGCCUCCAUCAACAAAGGGGCAGACAUCACUAAAGGCCUGAAGCACGUGUCUGAUGACCAGAAGACCCACAAGAACCCAAACCUGAGGACAGGUGGAGGUCCUGUCCGCUCGGGGCCUAAACCCUUCUCCUCGGGCCCUAAAGCAGCAGCUCCAGCUCAGGCUCAGACUCUGCCCCCAGUCCUGGAGCUCGAAGGGAAGAAGUGGAAAGUGGAGAACCAGGAGAACGCUCAGAACCUGGUGAUCAGCGACACAGAGCUCAAGCAGGUGGUUUAUGCUUUUAAAUGCAACAAGAGCACACUGCAAGUCAAGGGAAAGCUCAACUCCAUCACCCUCGAUAAUUGUAAAAAAAUGGGUUUGGUGUUUGACGAUGUGGUGGGAAUCGUGGAGGUGAUCAACUGCAGAGACCUCAAAAUUCAGGUGAUGGGUAAAGUCCCGACCAUCUCCAUCAACAAGACGGACGGUUGCCAUGUUUACCUGAGCAAAGACUCUCUGAGCUGUGAGAUCGUCAGCGCCAAGAGCUCCGAGAUGAACAUCCUGGUCCCCAACAAAGACGGAGAGUUUACCGAGAUGCCAGUGCCAGAACAGUUCAAGACAGUUUGGGACGGACACAAGUUGGUCACCACGGCAACAGAAAUCGCCGGAUAAAGUUCCUCACCUCCUCAAAAUCCAUUUUCACAAUUUUUAAAUUUCAAAAAAAAAAAAAGCCUCAUUCCUCCUGACUGACCCCAGCACCAGCUCACUGCAAGACUGGCACCUCAAACACCUCCUCAUUCUCAGCCAAUCAAAUCACAGCUUCAGCUCCGAUAGCCAACGAGAAGGCCGCUCUGUGUUCGGGGCAGCCUUCCAGCCAAUCACGAGGGAGCAGCUCAUUCUUUAAACAAACAUAAGGCCAGUGAGCACUUUGCUAAUAUUAAUUAAACUACAAAAAAUAAUUUCUACAUAAUUUAAAACAUCUUAAAUUUCAGAUAUUCGUAAUUUGCGUGCUUCUGACUAGUUUACAUUUUAUGUAUGACAGAAAGUCAAAAUAUUCUGCAAGUACUUAACACAACUUAACACAGUCUAUGUUGAUGUGAACAGCUUUGUAAACAGAAAGGCCAAUGAGUCUUGUACUAAAGCUGCACUGUGUAAAGCUUUCUGGAAGACGAUGCAUCUCUAAACCUCGAUUAUUUGACUUUUCUCAACUAGUAAAAAUGCAAUGAAAUUACUCAAAAAAUCCAAACUAGUCAAAACUACUCAAACUCGUAAUGAAUCUGAACUCAAGUCAUGUGAACUUGUUGAAAUAGUUUUUUGUAGCGUAAAAAUUGCCAAUAGCUUAAACUAGUUUUUACAUGCUGUAGUUUAGCUAAUAACAGAACAGGUUUAUAAUAAUGGUUAUGGAUAGUGAUUUCAUUGCUUUUAAAAUAAUGGUAUUUUUGAUGUAAUGUUCUAUUAGGAACUCAGCUCUACAUCAAAAAUACCUGGAUCUGUUCUGCUUUGUCCAUUGCGCCAUUUUCGGGUCAAAUUCUUAACGUUUUCUGUCAUUUUUAUGCAAAUAUCCACUGGCUAUUAAGCACUUGUAAUGAACUUAAAUACACAUCGUCACUAUUUAACAAUGUAUUCCGUAGUGCUGAAUGGAAAUAACAUAGGAAUUGUGUCCAUGGAUCACUCCAAAUCUCCUUUUUAAAAUUUAGGAGUUUUUUUUCCUUCACAAAUUUCCUUAAAAAUUCCACAACUGGACAUUCCUAACUGUAAAAUCAUUCCAUGUAAAGAAAAGUGUGAACGAAUAUUUGAGCUAAAGUGUAAAGAAUAAUGGUUGGAAGUGGUAAGAUGUGGGAAUUGACCAUGUGUAGAGUCUGUUGUGAAAAUCACCGGUGUUGAACUAGUUUAAAAUUUCACCUCAAAUGGCUCAGAAAUGCAUAAAUCUGUAAAUGUCUCUUAAGUUCUCUGGGUUCUUGUGUCUUGUUUUGUUUUCUGAUUUUUGGGUCCAAACGCUCAUUUGAAAACAUCAAUAAAAAGAUGCAAUAAAUGAA